CCCGCCGCCUGCGCCGAGGGUGGGGCGGAGGCCACGCCCCUCAAGUCUUGCGCCGUAUAAAAGCGUCGCUCUUCGAGGAAGUCAAACAGACGGGAACAAGUCGACGGGAACGACAAUCCUUCACGUGGUCUUCGGUGCUCAGCGGCGGCAGAUCAGGAUGCCAACCCACAAAGCGUUCGAAAGUGCAGGGAAGCAACCGGGGCUCCAGAUUUGGCGUGUGGAGAAGAUGGAGCUGGCAGAGGUGCCCAAAGAACUGCACGGAAGCUUCUACAUGGGGGACUCGUACGUCAUCCUCCACACCAGCUCCUCGCCGUCUUACAACGUGCACACCUGGAUCGGCGGGCAGACGUCGCAGGAUGAGAAAGGCGCGGCGGCCAUUUUGAUGACGCAGCUGGACGACUACCUGGCAGGCGCCCCCACGCAGUCCACCGAGUUCCAGGGCCAAGAGUCGCUCACCUUCCUGGGAUACUUCAAACACGGGCUCAAGUACCAGAAAGGGGGCGUGGCUUCCGGCUUCCGCGCGGUGGUGCCCAACCAAGCCGACGUCCGGCGCCUGCUGCACGUGAAAGGUCGCAGGCAUGUGCGCGCCACCGAGGUGUCGCUGACCUGGGACAGCUUCAACAGAGGGGACUGCUUCAUCAUAGACUUGGGCAAGGACAUCUACCACUGGGCGGGCGGCGACAGCAACCGCUACGAGCGGCUGAAGGCCACGCAGCUGGCCAUCGACAUCCGGGACAACGAGCGGCGAGGGCGCGCCGAGCUGCACCUGGUGGACGAGGGCGACGAGCCCGAGGAGGUCAUCGAGGUUCUGGGAGCCAAGCCCGAUCUGCCUCCGGGAUCCAGUGACGCGUGUACGGUUCAAAAGUGCAGAAAUCCGGGCUCACUCUACAAGGUGUCGGACGCGUCGGGCAAGAUGGCGCUGACCCUGGUGGCCCAGAAGAACCCCUUCAAACAGGACAUGCUCUCCUGCAAGGAAUGCUACAUCUUGGACAACGGCCAAGACAACAAGAUUUUCUUCUGGAAAGGUCGCGAGUCCAACCCGAAAGAGCGCAAAGCCGCGCUGAGCCUCUCCAACCAGUUCAUCGAGGACAAGAACUACUCGGACAAGUGUCAGGUCCAGGUCCUGCCGCAAGGGGCCGAGAGCACCCUGUUCAAAGAAUUCUUCGAGAACUGGCUGGACAAGGACGAGAGCACGGGUCCGGGCAAAUCCUACACGGUGGGCAGCAUCGCCGUCGUCAAGCAGAUUCCCUUUGACGCCGCCAGUCUCCAUGACAACAAGGUCAUGGCUGCCCACCACGGGAUGGCGGACGACGGAUCGGGGAAAGUGCAGGUGUUUCGCGUGGAGGGCGGCGAUCGCGUCCCAGUGGACGCGGCGUCGCACGGGCAGUUCUACGGCGGCGACUGCUACCUGCUGCUGUACUCGUACCACAGCGGCGACAAGGAGAAGCACAUCAUUUACAUCUGGCAAGGCAACAAGUGCAGCAAAGACGAGCUGGGAGCCUCCGCCAUUUUGGCCGUGGCCCUGGACGACUCCAUGGGAGGCGUGGCCGUUCAAGUGCGCGUGAGCCAGGGCCAAGAACCCCCCCACCUGUUGAGCCUGUUCGGCGGCAAGCCCCUGGUGGUCUACCUGGGCGGCACAUCCCGCAAGGGCGGCAACACCCAGCCGGCCGCGACCCGUCUCUUCCACAUCCGCCAGAGCUGCACCGGGGCCACCCGUGCCGUCGAGGUGCCGGCAGACGCGUCCUGUCUCAACUCCAACGACGUCUUCGUGCUCAAGUGGCCCAAGGGGACGUUCGUGUGGAAGGGGCGCGGGGCCACGCCCGAGGAGACGGCGGCCGCUAAACACGUGACGGGCGUCCUGGGCGGCGGCGCCCCCGCGGAGGUGGCCGAGACCAAGGAGCCCGAGAGCUUCUGGAAAGCGCUGGGCGGCCGCAAGGACUACCAGACCUCCGUGGUUCUGAGGACCGCCAAAAUGUGGCAGCCCAGACUCUUCGGGUGCUCUAACGCCAGCGGACGCCUCACUGUGGAGGAGGUCCCCGGAGAAUUGGAUCAGCUGGACCUGGAGACCGACGACGUGAUGAUUCUGGACACGUGCCAGCAGCUCUUCGUUUGGAUCGGGAAGGACGCCAACGAGCCGGAGAAAAGCGGAGCCGGACGCAUCGCCCAGGAAUACUUGGAGUCGGACCCGUCCGGCCGCCACGGCGUCCCCGUCACCACCAUCAAACAGGGGGAGGAGCCGCCUUCGUUCACCGGAUGGUUCCACGCCUGGGAUGCCGCCUUGUGGGAUAAAGACCUGCUGGCCCGAAUCGGCGCCCGUUAGCGCGUUCGCUCACGGCAGCGCACGUCGCCGCACUUUAGCUCGCGUUAGCACAAGAGGUCGCAAAAACGUUCAUCUUAGCGAGAAGUGGCGCAAACUUGACAUUUUUGACGAAGUGACUUUUGUUUGGUAUUUUCAGCAAGUCAAAGGAAUUGCUUUGAAGAAGCUCAUCAGGUCAGUUGGCAGAUUUGGAUUUUUGACUUCAAACGACACUUUGAGACUAAAAGAAGAGGGAAAAAUUGCGUUUUGCUCUCUCUUCAAAUAAGAAGCCUCAGAUGUUUUUCGCUCAAAAUACGAGCAAAUAAUUGGAUGAGAUUUGUGUUUUUGCGGCCUUUUACGUAGUGUUGCAUUGCAGCUUAGUCGCUUUUCUGUCUAGUGGGCGGGGUCCAAUCGACAAAGCGCUCUUGGGCAAAAAAUGGUGGCAGGAAUGGGAAUAAAAAAAAAAUGUCAUCAGGAGUGUGCGCCGUGUCAACUUUUUGCUUUUUGCGAUCUCUCCCCAAACCUUUUUUUUUUUUUGUUUGGCAAAAGGCCCGUCGAGGCGCACGUUUGUUUGGAGUGGAAUCUUCCUUUCUUCGCUCGCCUUCUGUCCGCUUGCAAACGACUGUAGACGGGAAACACCUUUAUGCUUUUUAAUAAACCUCAAAAUGAG